AUGUCUUACAACAAGCCUGACGGUCCUCCUCCCUCCUAUCCACCCCCGGUCCACGACGCGGGUCCUUACCAGCCUCCACCUCCCGGCGGCACCUCGCAAGACUACUACAACCAAGGCGGAUACUACGGUCCUCCACAGGAUGCGUACGGGGCUCCUCCACCAGGAAACUACGGCUCUCCCCCACCGCAGGGCCAGGGAGGAUACUACGGAUCGCCGCCUCCCCAACAACCGAUGUAUUAUCCACCGCAGCAACCGUAUCCGCCGCAACAGGGGUACUAUGCCGAUGAACGCGGCGGGCGCGGCGGGUCCACGGGCGGAGGAAUCUGGAUUCGUAUGUUCCUAGGGUGGGAAGGUGUUGGGCGUGUUUGCUUGACUUGA